AUGGAUUUACAUCCCUACUCCACUUUUGGUGGGCUGGGCCAGGUGACUUGCUUUGACGAAUGGAAUUUGGCUCAGAGUGACAGAGCAAGUCGGCCAGGAAGCCGCGCUGCAGCCCUGGCCUUUAAAGACGCCGGCAAGACUCCCGUGGAGCCAGAGGUGGCCAUUCACCGGAUUAGGAUCACCCUCACCAGCCGCAGCGUGAAGUCUCUGGAGAAGGAGUGUGCUGACCUGAUCAGAGGCGCGAAGGAAAAGAAUCUCAAAGUGAAAGGACCAGUUCGGAUGCCUACCAAGACUCUGAGAAUAACUACAGGGAAAACUCCUUGUGGAGAAGGUUCUAAGACUUGGGAUCGAUUCCAAAUGAGGAUCCACAAGCGACUCAUUGACCUGCACAGCCCUUCUGAAAUUGUCAAGCAGAUCACUUCCAUCAGUAUUGAGCCAGGAGUCGAGGUGGAAGUCACCAUUGCUGAUACCUAAAUCAACCUUUUUAAUAAAUUGAUAAUCAGUUAAA